GUUCAACUUUUUGGGUUGGCCUGUUAGCCUCAGAAAAUCCAUUUCUCCCACAAAAAUCCUCACUUUCGAUUUGCGUCGUCUACCUGGGGAGCAGCUGAGAGGGACGACAAUGGCGACGGAGCUGGAGGAACUCCUGGGCUUCCUCGCUUCUCCCUCACCACCUAUUAAAAAGGUUGCUGUAAACAUUGUUCGGGAUUAUACGGGGUCGGAGGAUGGGCUUCGGUCUCUGGGCAGAUACUUCGGUGUUGCCGUCCCUUCGUUGUCUCGACUUCUUUCUGAAAAAAAGGAUGUGUCGGAACCUGCUGCACAAGCCCUUGUUAAUUUGUCUCAAACUCCAGAUUUAGCUGGAAAGAUGAUCGAGAUGGGUAUAAUUAGAAAAGUGAUGGAUAUUCUGUACAAGCAAGGCUGUGAAAUCACACAAUUGCUUGUUAUGCUCCUUGUUAAUCUCACACAGUUGGAUGCUGGUAUCGAAUCUUUGCUUCAGCAAGAAGAUGAGAAGAUGUGUGGUCUAUAUAUCAUGAAGUUGGUGAGAUCAUUCUGUACAUCGCCUAGUGAGAAUAAAGGUGACCCAUUUGAACACGUGGCUUCAGUACUUGUAAACAUUUCGAAGAAGGAAGCAGGAAGAAAGCUUCUACUGGACCCUAAACGAGGACUUUUGAAGCAAAUUAUUAGACAAUUCGAUUCACCAAGCCCAUUGAGAAAGAAAGGGGUCUCGGGAACUAUUCGAAACUGCUGUUUCGAAGCUGAAAGGCAGCUGCAAAAUUUGCUUUUGAUAUCGGAAUUUCUCUGGCCCGCAUUACUGCUUCCAGUUGCUGGAGAUACGAUUUAUAGUGGACAAGACACGUCUAAAAUGCCCCUAGAGCUAGCAAGUGCCCUCUCAAUCCAACGUGAAACAGUGACCAAUCCUGAAAUUCGCAUUCAAGCACUUGAUGCUAUAUACUUGCUCGUCUUACAGGUGAAGUGGCUUUCUCAUUGGGUUUGGCCAAAAACCUAUUUUCUGGGAUUAAAUCUGAAAAUCGGUGGUUGUUUUGUAUAUGCUUUCUGGUCGAUUAAUGGGCCCCGGAUACUACAAAUAGGUUACGAAGAUGAGAAGAAUCCUCAAGUAAUGGAGGCAUAUGAACGAGUCGGCUCAUUGCUGGUUCAGGAAGUAGACUAUGGAUCGACUGAGGACUCGAAACCAGUAAUGUGAUAAGUGGCUUCUGCUCAUUAGCUCGUUUUUUUUUUUUCGGUUGGUUUGCAAAUUUGGUUCGAUUCUUCAUAAUAACUACGAAGCAUAACUCGAUUUCACUCUUGUUGUGUGUUCAUGUAUGAAAUCCAAAGAUUCCUUUUUAUUUGCUUGCUCAACUUAUGUUCUUAUGAAGGGAAAAUAAUGAAAUUGAGAACUAUAGGGGGAAAAUAAUAAAAUCCAGGAGCCAAUUUUUACACUUUUCAAAUCUUUUUGUAUAUUAGGGGUCAAUUUAUAAUUUCCAAAUCUUUCGUUGUUGUAUCUACCCCGAUGGGUACGUUUUUCCAGAUUUUCACCCUCCAAUUUUUAGAAACAAAACUUGAUUCAUAUUCAGUAUUUCUAGAAAGAUUAUUAAAAUUAUCCUCAAAUAAGAAAACUUUGUCUGUGUUAAUAAAAACAAAUGACUGCGGAAAAACCACUAAACUUCCUUCUAGUCUAGAGGCUACAAGAUAUUUGAAUCCAACUUUGUUAAGAGGGUAGUAUUUGUUUUGUACUCCCUCCAUUUUGAAA